AUGCAACAAAGCGACAAACAAAGUCCCAUAUUAAGGACCACGCAUUAUGAAACUCGCCGGGGUUUCCGGGAAAUCGAGUGGGCGGGCGGUCUACGCAAGCGCUACGACGGAACUACGGCGGGGCUACGGCGCAGAUCGAUACAGCUCGCAACGGGCAAGCGACGCGAUCCGCUACGGCGCACAGAGCGACAAAGGGACCCACACAGAGGCAACGCGGUAACGCACACAGACCCAGCCGGCCCUCAUCAAAUCAAACUCGCACUUAUGCAC